AUGCCAAAGACCACUCACCACAACAAACCCGGCUCGAGGAAAUCUGGCUCAGCAACAAAGCCCACCUUUACGAAAGUGACGAAGGCAGCACGAGAGGGAGCGCCGGCACCAGCUCCCAACGAGUCGACCCAAGAGCCAACUCCGGAGAUCCCAAAAGACCUCUUUCUCCAGAUCAUCGUUGCCAAACUCAAUACUUCCAAGACAUGCGAUUGGUUCGAGCUGUCAAAAGUCGUCAUCCUUCCCGGACUCAAGAGUGGGAAGGUAGUAUGGGCAGAAAGUGAGACCUCUCUUACUCCUACCAAUCUUCGAGAAACACCCACUUGCAUAUCGGACCAUGCAGAGACCAAACCCCCCUUCAAGAGUCAGAUAGCCAAACGACGGGCCUCGACCCUUUCGGUGGAUGACGCAAUCGCACCGAUGAAGAAGACUCGAAAGACCACGAAAGCAAUGGUAGGAUUGCCUGAUAUCCCCGAUACUCCCGACAGUAUCUGCGCACGCUUUAAGAGGUCUUCGCGAAAGAGUAUCUCGUACCGUGAGGAUCUCCUCACGGACGAUGAAUUCAGUGGCAUCGAGGAUGAUGAGGAAGAUCCAGAUGGAGCGUCUGGGACUGGCGACUCAAUGGAUGAGAGUGUGGAGCAGUGAGACAAAGCAGCAAGUAGAGGAGACAGCCCCGGAGGGAGAAAGCAGACUUCGGAACAGUUAUAGGAGCAGGAGAGCCUGGGUGAUUGAUUCAACGCGAUAGGACAGGAAGAUUUGGGCCAGAUGAAACAGAGAAGGAUCAGGCAAGACGGGCUCGAAUGUUCAGUCACCCGGCAUUAGAAAGCAUUGCAUGUCGUCACG